GUUUACUUUGGAGCAAAACACAUUUUCAAUUAGGGAGCAAUAACAAACUUGGUACGGUGGGGAAAUACCAUAUUGAGAACAAAAAUGGCUGAUGUUCUUGAACUUGGCUCUCUCCCUACCACACCAAAAUCGGAAUCCGCCACGCAAACUCCUCCGAUAUCCGCUCCUCCGUCGCAGUUUCAUUCUCCUUCUCUGUCUAGGUCACCUUUGUUAUCCACGGGUGACCAUAUCCAGCCCGCUAGCGCAAACAGAACUCCAAGAUCGUCGACUCCAAAGAUCUCAACUCCGAGAAUUCGAACACCUCGAUUUAUUACCCCGCUUGGUAGUCCAAUUAGACGGGCACUUCAUCUUACGAAACUUGACCCGCAAGACGCUUGGCUUCCGAUCACAGAAUCAAGAAAUGGAAAUAAGUAUUAUGCAGCUUUUCACAGUCUUUGCUCCGGGAUUGGUAUUCAAGCUCUAAUUCUUCCUGUGGCCUUCACCGUUCUUGGCUGGGCAUGGGGAAUCAUAGUCUUGACUUUGACAUUUAUAUGGCAACUAUAUACUCUUUAUUUGUUGGUUGAGCUUCAUGAAAAUUCUGAACAAGGCAUUCGUUACAGCAGAUAUAUGCAGCUCGCUAAUGCUACUUUUGGCGAGAGAUUAUCGAAGUGGCUAGCCUCGUUCCCGAUCAUGUAUCUAUCCGCCGGAACAUGUAUAGCCCUAAUAAUCAUCGGAGGAUCGACAUCAAAGCUGUUCUUUCAGACAGUAUGCGGAGCGACAUGUAACGCCACGACACUAACAACCGUGGAAUGGUACUUGGUGUUUACAUGUGGUGCAGUUCUUCUGUCUCAGCUGCCAAAUUUAAACUCCAUCGCUGGAAUUUCACUAAUCGGAUCUAUUACAGCAGUUGGAUAUUGUACACUUAUUUGGGCAGUUUCUGUUGCUGAAGGAAAAAUGCCGGGUGUUUCGUAUAAUCCUGUUCCUGCGUCUAGUGACAUUGAAAGAGUUUUUGAUAUCCUGAAUGCACUUGGUAUCAUUGCUUUUGCGUUUCGAGGUCAUAAUCUCGUACUUGAAAUUCAGGCUACAAUGCCCUCAAGUGAAAAACAUCCAUCCACAGUACCUAUGUGGAAAGGUGUGAAGGUGGCUUAUGUAGUAAUUGCUAUGUGCCUUUUUCCCCUUGCAAUUGGAGGCUAUUGGGCAUAUGGAUCACUGAUACCGGAAGGCGGCAUGCUAACAGCUUUAUUCGCAUUCCACGGAAGAGACACAUCCCGGUUUGUUCUAGGAUUAACGAGUUUAUUCGUCAUAAUCAAUGCGCUAAGUUCAUUCCAAAUCUACGGGAUGCCAAUGUUCGACGACUUGGAAUCAUUAUACACUACGAGGAUGAAGAAGCCGUGUCCGUGGUGGCUACGGGCAAUAAUUCGGACAAUAUUCGGAUUCUUAUGCUUCUUUGUGGCUGUAGCAAUCCCAUUCCUAGGAAGGGUGGCUGGACUAAUUGGAGGCAUAGCAUUGCCAGUAACAUUAGCUUAUCCAUGCUUUAUGUGGCUUAAGAUGAAGAAACCAAAGGUGCAUAGUCCAAUUUGGUUCCUAAAUUGGGGAUUAGGGAUUUUUGGAAUGGCUCUUAGUGGAGCUCAAGUUGCAGCUGGAAUUUAUGUUGUUAUUAAUACUGGUACCAAAGUUAGCUUCUUCAACCCAAGAUAGUCUUAAAUUUAUUUAAUAGUUAAUUAAGAAAAGAAAAGGUUAUUCUUAUAUUUUUGUAUUAUUAUUUUUCCUUUUGAGUUUAACUGUUAAAUCUGUUGUUCUUUAAAAGGAAUGAAAUGUAAUAAAACCGCGAUUGUUUUUUUAA